GAUCCACCCUCAGUUUCACUCUCGACUCGCCUGUUUAUAAGGCAAAGUGCGACUGUUUGGAGCUGAAGUUGUGCGUGUGAAUCUUCCAACUCGACGAUGAGGACACCAGGGAUUUUGAUAUUCGGACUGGUGCUUGCGCCCUGCGGAUGGAUCCUGGACCUGACCAGCACAGUUGCCCCCAACUGGCGCCAGCUCUACAGCAUCGCGAACCAGCCCGUGGACGUCGUGAUGAACCAGGGCAUCUGGGACAUCUGCAAGAGCUCCACCAUAACCACGGAUAUGAACUGCAACCUGCGAGGCAACGACCAAACGUAUUUCAAUAACCAGGUCAUUCCCGUGGCGCAGGGAUUGAUGAUCGCGUCGCUGAUCGUCACUGCACUCGGGCUAGCCUUGGUCACGCCGGCCACGCGCUGCUGGACUGACCGGCCUCCGCGAUGGGUCCUCGCAGGAGUCGGCGGCAUUCUGAUUUUCUGCUCAGGUGUGCUCACGAUCAUCCCUAUCGCGUGGUACACCAAUGUCCUUACCCGCCUCAACACGACUACCGCAUUUAGCAACCCGCAAAGCCCGGACAUCCGCGUGGGCUAUUGCAUAGUUCUGGGUUACAUUGGGGGCAUCAUGGAGGUGCUGGGCGGUUUUGUCAUAUGCAUGGGCUUCUGUCGAUGCUGCGGAGGACGGAAUCGCGGGGAGAAACCGCAGCAAAUGCGCACGACCCGGUACACCAGUCGCGCGCCCAAUCCGGUCCCACACCCGCGAACCAACAUUCCCAGGAGCGUCACCCCCAGCAGCUCGGGCACGCCGUAUUCCCGAAACUCUCUGGACGACGAGCUCGAUUACCCGAGAGCCAAAGCUCAAAGGAAAGGCACUGUUAACCCUGCCUACAACGGAAGACCUUACGACGCAGAUUUGUGAUGGAGGACCUGCUGGACUUUAGCUCUCACUUCUUCAGUGGACGCUAUGAUAUGGACUACUUGUGGUCUGGUUUACUAACAAUAAGUAUCUUUCAUAUAGAGAUGUAGGUCUAAAGGUUCGAAUGAUUAUUUAAAAUCUUAACACACCCAAACAUCUGGAAUGCAGGUGAUAGAAGCUAUGUACUAACCUUUCUCUUUUCUAUCGAGUUUACCCUUUUUAAAAAGACAAAUAUUACAAAAAAUAGUAUCUCAAAUAUAGAAGCUAUAGUGGAAAUGUCUAACUUUAAUCAAAUAUCCAGAAUGUCCAGCGUCAUGACAUGACACGACACGAUGCUGGACAUGAUCAUGAUGCUCCAGCCUUUUUUGAAAGGACUGCUUAUGAAAGAUUCAUCUCCUUACUCAUAACUGUGAAUAAAACACCUCAGAUCACAUCACAUCGCUCAAAAUAUUGCAUGUUUAUCACUACAGUGAAGUCUGUUAUCCAGGAUCUUAACACUUUUGCUGAAGGGAAAUGUGAUUUUACUUUGUUUAUGUGCCAGAUUGACUGGGAUCAUCUGAGUAUGUCUUUCUCCUAAGAAAAUCUUUCACCUGUCAUGUGUCAGAGGUAAACAGUCAUUAGUGCAAUUAUAUGAUGGCACUGAACACAGGUGAACACUUAGUAUUGCCCUGCUCGAAGCUUUAACUUUGUAAAUAUUGUAGAUAAUGUGUUGGAAGUUGGAACCUUAGCACUGUGGAAUAACAAUAAUAAUAAUAAUAAUAAUAAUAAUAAUAAUAAUAAUAAUAAUAAUAAAUACAGUUAUUAUAUAUA